AUGGAAAAAGUCGAAAAAAAUGAUCCAUCUCUUCUCACAGAAGCGCCAAAAGAUUCAGCCAUUGUGGAUAAUCUAAAUCAAAAAGAUUCGACAAACGACAACAACAAUGGUGAACCAAUCAUGGCGGCAGUACAUUUGCUUCAAAACCCGGUUGAUACAGAACCUACUGUUGUUCAUGAUACAUCUAAAGUUCAACUUAUGGAAACAGAAAAUGAUCCAUUGGAGCAAAAUGAAAAACCAAAUGAUAUGAAGAAUUCGCUAGAUGUUCCAACAAUGUCGACUGCAGUUCAGGAUAUGGACACUAAUCAAAUGGAACAAGGCGAAGAAUCGAAUAACAUUGAGAAUCCGUUGGACGUUCCGAAAACACCGCUUACACUGCAAAAAGAUACCAAAGACGACGAAAUGGAUCAAUCACUUCCAAUCGAUUCCAGAUGUCAAUUUCGAGCAGAGCAAUCUUGGGUUGAUCUCAAGUUUCAUUCAGAUAAUGCAUUGAUCAAGAAACCUGAUGAACUUGUAUCGGAAAUGAAAGAUCCUCCAAAUAAUGUCGACACUAAAAUACUCAAUCGCAUCAAGGGAUCGAUGUUUGGCAUGGCUUUGGGUGAUGCUCUCGGUGCCCAUGUAGAAUUUCGACCGCAAUCGUAUCUAAAGGCAAAUCCGGUGACUGAUCUUGAGUCAGGCGGGACUUGGGGCUUAGAGAAAGGACAGUUUACUGACGAUACUUCGAUGGCUCUUUGCCUGGCUAAUUCAUUGGUGGCUCGCCAUGGCUUUAACCCCUAUGAUCAAUAUACACACACAAAUAUUCAUAUUAAGAUUGUUGUAACGCAGCUAACAGAAGCAAUGUACGUUCGUUUGAUAUUAUUUUUCUCCAUUAGUAUUUGUCUUCUUCACCAAGUAAUCAGUGAUGGAACAAAGAAAUUAACACCACCAUCGUCAUCAUCGAAAGGCUCGUUCCUCAAUCGAACACUGGAAUUUUUGAAAGUAACGGAUACAGAAAUAAUGUACGAUUCUGUCAUGCAAAUGACAAUAGAUGCCUUUACACCUUUAUUGGGACCACUCGCAAGUCAACUAAAACAAACGAUGAAUGAUUGUUGUUCGUAUGAAGCGGUGAAAUAUGAUCUUGCUAAACUGUAUAUGGAAGAAUUUACAUUAAGUGACAUGAAUCGAAUGAUACGAUUUUAUUCAUCACCUGUUGGUCAAAAAUUGAUUAAAAAACAACCGAUAUUAAUGAUCAAAGCGAAACAAUUGGGUCAACGAAAAGCACAAGAAUAUCUUCCAAAAUUUCAGGCAAUGAUUCAAGAACAAUUAAACAAACAAAUCAACAACUUGAAAAAAUAA